GCCUGCUAUUAGUACCCCCCGCCCGGCCCCGUCCCAACCCAGUCGCCAGUUCACAACUGCGACUUGAAACUAUCUUCCCGAGCCUUCUCGGUCGAGAUUUGGGGUGAAGUUUUUUAGGCAGGCUCUAGUGCUUCUUCGCUUCUCGGACUACUAGGUUCAGGUUGCCUUUCAAGUCUCAGAGAAGGAUCAGCUCUGCAAAUUAUCUUAGAGCACCAAAUUAUGGAUAGCACGAAGCCACUGGGAGGGGAAUUGAACAAUUCGCUGGAUACUCUUAUGGUUUCUAGUGGUGUGGAGAGUAAGCAGGCUCAGAAUGCUGGCACCGAAACCAGCUUGACAGGUUGGAAAGACCUUCCCAUGGAGCUGCUCCUGCGGAUUAUGUCAUUAGUUGGAGAUGAUAGCAUGGUCAUCGUGGCCUCUGGUGUAUGCACGGAAUGGCGUGAUGCGUUAGGUUGGGGAAUUGCAAAUCUUUCACUAUCAUGGUGCCAGGACCACAUGAAUGACUUGGUGAUAUCUCUGGCUCACAAAUUCACGAAGCUUCAAGUUCUAUCUCUACGGCAGAUCAAACCUCAGCUCGAAGACAGUGGUGUGGAAGCUGUGGCAAACUACUGCCACGAUCUGCGGGAACUGGAUCUCAGCAGAAGCUUUAGGCUUAGUGACAGGUCCUUGUAUGCUCUGGCACAUGGGUGCCCUCACCUCACAAGGCUCAACAUCAGCGGGUGCUCCAAUUUCAGUGACGCUGCUUUAGUGUUCCUCAGUAGCCAGUGCAAGGAUCUCAAAUGCCUGAAUCUGUGCGGGUGUGUGAGGGCAGCUUCUGACAGAGCGCUUCAGGCCAUCGCUUGUAACUGUGGCCAGCUGCAAUCGUUGAACCUGGGCUGGUGCGAUGGCAUCACUGACAAGGGAGUGACCAGCUUGGCGUCAGGGUGCCCUGAACUCCGGGCUUUGGACUUGUGUGGCUGUGUUCUCAUCACAGAUGAGAGCGUAGUGGCGCUAGCGAACGGCUGCCCUCACCUGCGUUCCCUGGGGCUGUACUACUGCCAGAACAUCACGGACCGCGCCAUGUACUCGCUGGCCGCCAACAGCCGCGUGAGGAGCCAGGGCCGGGGCUGGGACGCGGCGAAGAGGGGCAGCGGCAAGGACCGGGACCGGGACGGGCUAGCGAGCCUGAACAUCAGCCAGUGCACGGCGCUGACCCCGCCGGCGGUGCAGGCCGUGUGCGACUCGUUCCCGGCGCUGCACACGUGCCCGGAGCGGCACUCGCUCAACAUCAGCGGGUGCCUCAGCCUCACCUCCGUGCACUGCGCCUGCGCCCUCCACCCGCACCGCGCCGGCCGUGCCAUCCUCUCCAACCACGCCUACUGAAACCCGGUGGAUCAGGCAGCCGCUGGGGAGUGGAGGGGAGGGGGCAUGGGCGUUUCUCGGUGUGGUUUGGCGUGGCGUUGAAGAGCGGUGAGGACUGAGGAGUGGAGAGCCGUGUGUGAUCGACUCUGUUGUAAGAAAGGUGCUUUGUGUUGUGUAGGAACUGUGUGCGAACUGCGCGCGUUGAACGGUCGGAGGUGGUGUCUGUUCGUGUGUCGGCCACCCCAGAACUUGGGCUGCAGAAGCGACGGGGUCGAGUUUGUUGUCUGGAGAAUUAUGGAGUGUUUAUGUGGUCUUUCCCUUCGAGA